UAGGGCCUGUAAACAGUUUGGUUCAGUGCUGGCUCAGCCUUUGUUUUUUUGCAUUCCCUGGUUAAGCCUACCUUGGACCUUGCUCGAGUGCCGUGGAGAUGGUGGUGAUAUCGACCCUGCUGCUCCUCCUCUGUGCCCCGCGCGCGAAAGCCUCCGCGCUGCCACACCUGCGCAUCGCCGGCUCGUCCACGGUGAAGCCUGUGGCGGAGCAGUGGCAGAACGCGUUGCUCCCGAACUACACGAUCACGCUCGAGGGGGGCGGCUCGAGCUCCGGGGCGCGGCGCGUGUGCCUGCCACCCGGCGACCCGGAGCACGUGGACAUCGGCGACAUGUCUCGCGAGUGGAAGACCUCGGAGGCGCAGCUGCUGGACGACGGGUACACUUACGAGUGCCUCGAGAGCGGCAACCGGGUCACGCAGAUCAUGGUGGCCAUAGACGGUCUGGCAGUGGCUAUCAAGCGGGACAGCGCAGCUCACGCGUGCAUCGACACCAUCGGAGGCCUGACGCUCGCACAGCUGCGCUGGAUCUUCUCCGACUGGAGCGAUGCGGAGCUGGAGGAGGAUGGCGUUUCCAUUGCGUCGUGCGUGCCCAACAUGGACGACGACGCUGUCAAGGAGUGGAGCGACUUAGACGUCAGGUGCGAGGAGACGCCGAUCAACCCUUACGGCGCCGGCGACCAGUCUGGCACCCACGACUUCUUCGGGGAGACGGUCCUGGGCGACUUCGGGGGGACUGAGUACUUCCCGGUUUGCGACGCCGACGAUUUGCAUUAUCUUGAAGGUCUCGACGAGGACGCUGCGGACCUCUACAUUCAGUCUCAGCGGACUUCGAAUUGCGUCAUGCCCUCGGAGGAUGACCAUCUCCUGUUGCAGUGGCUGCUCGCAGACACAGGGGGCAUCGCAUAUUUCGGGUACGCCUACUUUGCCCAGUUCACUGACACAGUCGCUGCCAUUGCGAUCGCGAAGGACACGGAGUUGGGGGUGGCAGAAACGCUCUUGGCCAAAAUUACACCCGACAGCGAGAGCAUCGUCGACGGCUCCUACUCGGCAUUCAAGCGCGACUUGUACAUGAACGUGUAUAACAACGCAUGGAACGUCUCUGGGGAUUUUUUACUGUUCGGCUUCAGCCCCGAUGGACAGGACCUCGUCGAGGAGACAGGGUACGUGACUGUGAACAGGGACCAGCACGCAGAUAUGAGUGUCCGCAUUGGUGUCGGCGUGAUGACUGGAGGGAACCUGGAGGCGGACUAUGUGCCGGUACCUCCCGACAGCUGCGCUGUUGGGUCGGGCCUGAUCUCAUGGGAGUUCACCAACGAAUUUGGGAACGACAAGAUCGGCUACGCAUGCGAAAGCUGCACGGCCGGCACAGUGAAGAACAACGACGAGUCCAGUCCUUGCGAUCCUUGCCCUCCCGGCUUCUUCACCAACGAGACUGGCCAGACGACAUGCGAGCCUUGCCCCCAUGGCACCGCCGCCACCGAGCAUGGCUCGAACAGCUGCUCCAUGUGCUCCCUGAACGAGCACCAGCCGCUGCCCGGGCAGGGGAGCUGCCUGGCCUGCAGCGCCGGGCGCUUCACGGAGCUCCCCGGGCAGUCCACCUGCAUGUCGUGCGCGCUGGGCACCUACAUGCCCCCGGGCGGCAACUACACCUGCGAGGCGUGCCCCGCGGGCAUGACCACCAUCUACAGGGCGGCCACGGCCAAGGAGAGCUGCAAGUGCGCCGAGGGGACCUACCUGGCGGAGGGCGGCGGCCUGGACGGCCCGUGCGUCGACUGCCCAGUGGGCAUGCAGUGCGCGUUCGGGAGCACCUUCUCGAACUUCUUCGCCGUCGACGGUAGCUUGAAAGCGGCUUCGGAUGACGAUCAGCCUUUCCCGGUGGUCGAGGAGGGCUACAUGACCCGGAUUGACGAUCUGUUGAGGGUGUUCAAGUGCAAAGACAAGAGCCAUUGCCCAGGUGGCGCUCCCGCUACUUGCGCCCGGGGGCGUGAUAGCGGCGAGGUUGCUUGCGCAAGGUGCGAGGACUAUACGUACGAGGAGGGUGAGGAGUGCCACGCUUGUGAAGCAAACGCUACAUGGCUUGUUGUAUUGGCAUGCUUCGUUGCCGUCGUGGCAGUCUGUGUUGGAACCAUAUCCGUGAACCGUAAUUUGUUGAUGCAGACGAGCUCGACUCUGAUGUGUGUCAUCAUGGCUAGCCAGAUGUUCCUCGGCCUCCAGACGUUUUCGGUCUUCACGUUCUUCAGCCUGGAGUGGUUCGAACCGUUGCGGGGCAUGCUCAAAAUCAUGUCAUUGAUAAGUUUUGAUCUCAAGAUUUUGCGUAUAUCUUGUUCAAUGGGUUCCAACCCCACGUCGAAUUAUGCACUUCGGCAAUUUGUUGCUCCGCUCGCGGUCCCGUGGAUCUGCGGCACCGUGGCGGUCAAAAAACAGUUCGAUCCCAAAACAAUGCACUUCAGGGAGGCUGUCAACACCAUCGGCACAGUCUUUCAGGUAUUCUUCAUCUCGAUCGUGCUCUCAGCAUCGGCCCCCCUGGUGUUUUACGACCACCCGAACAACGCUGGCAGUUCGCUCGUGAGCGAUCCGGCCGUCCUCUACUUCGAGAGCAACGAGCACUAUUCGAUGCUAGCGGUUGGCAUCCUCGCCAUGGUCAUGGUACCCUUGCCAUUCCUGUCUUUCGUGCUCUACGGCACUCUGAAGUACCCUAAGUAUGCAGCGGUGGGUGCCGAUACCGAUUUUUUCGGUUUCGCAUCCUUCCGUUUCCUCUUCUUUCGCUUCAAGCCUUCUCGCUACUACUACGGCUUGAUCAUGCUCGUGCGGAACCUGUUCCUCUGCCUCGUGCCCGUCGUUAUCGAGUCGGACGUCGCCGCUCAGGUCAUUAUCACGUCCGUCCUCAUCCUGGCCACCAUGGUGUUGCAGGUGGAGCUCGCCCCCUGGAAGCUGGCGGCGGCAAACUACGCCGACGCGGCCUGCAGCUCCACGCUGCUGAUGGUCCUCAUCUGCGGAGCGAUGGCGGCGAACGUGGACGUCCAGAACUCCUCGAUCCCGGCCUUUGCCUCCGUGCUCGUCGGUUUCUUCUUCGCCGUCGGAGCUGUCCUCGUCGUGGCCUCUGUGUUUUACUACUUCAAGCCCUUUCCCACGUAUGCCUUCUUCAUCUGUCAUCACAGAGAGGGCGCCCAGGCGCAGGCGCGGCUGCUGAAGAUGAUAUUGACGUCCAAGACAGGCAAGCCGGUCCUCACCGACACGGAUGACCUCAUGCAAUUGGAUUCGUUGUUCGACACAGUCAAGACGCAAGUUCACCAUUUGGUGGUCUACUUGACGAGGGACACUCUGAGCAGGCCAUGGUGCGCUGGCGAGAUCGUGACUGCACUCAUGUGGCGCAGGCGGGUCACUGCGGUGGUCACGGACAGCUUCGUGCCGCCGAACGAGGUUGAUUAUGCGGACAUGGCCAAGUAUCUGGAUUUGAGCAGCUGCUCGCUGAACGCUUUCGGCAUCACAAACGACAGCGUGGUCUCUGCAUACCGCAGCCUUAUGAGCGACGACGUCAAGAAAGUCCACAUGCGCAGUGACUUGAAGGGCAUGACUCGCUUCGAGGAUGUCACCAACUUCCUCAGUGACGGCCAGGCGGCGAAUGCUGCGUCGAUUGAGACAGGGACCAAGGCCAGUUCCGAGGCCCUCCCCGGGAAGCCCAGGGCGGUCUUGAUCUCCUCGGAGCCCGGCAACGACGAGGCCCUGGCCGCCGCCCUCAUCUUGUUGCAGAAGAUCCAGCCCCAGCUGAAGGGUCUCGUCCCCGAGGGGGUACGGGUCAUCGACGAGUACGCCAGGGACGAGGGCGCGAUUCUCCGUGCCGUCGAAGCCGCGCGCGCGUUGCUGGUCCUGCUCUCCCCAGGAACGCUCGCAGCCCCCGAACAGAUCACGGCGAUCGAGCAGAUCAUGUUGUCGAUCGAGAAGGCCGAGAAUGCGGGCCUGCCACCUCCCGCCGCGGUCUCCAUAUGCCUGCCCGGGUUCCAGGUCCCCUCCGACGAGUUCUACAGCGAGAAGGUCCGCAGGGUGUCGCAGGGGCAGAAGUCGGCCACGCUGAUCCGCUCGUUCUUCCAGCAGGGCGCCGUGCACUUCUCCGUCGGCGCCUCCGAGCAGACCCUCGACGCGCAGGUCUCGGAGGUGGUGCUCCGCGUCCCCCGCUCCGGGGAGCAGGAGGGCCCCGAGGAGCGGGAGGUGCACGGCGCGGAGGAGGAGCACCGUCGGCAGGGCCACGGCGGCAGCACCGCCGCGGACGGCGAGGGCAGGGCAGCCGACGGCGCGCCGCGGGAGGCGGGCCCCCCGGCGGGCCCGCAGCCGGAGGCGGGUCAGGGCGGCGGCGACAGUGCUCCGCUGCAGAUAUAGCGUGGACUCGAGGCCGAAGCCAGGAGGAGGAAGAGGAGGUGCCGUGUGUUGCAGCUCGAAGCAGACAAAGAGCGCUGCACACACAAGCAUGAACUUUUUGCAGCCCGCGCGGGCUUCUCGGAUCCGUGCGGGCCCCCCCUUUCCUGGCGCGCGGAGCGCGCCAGGGGCGGCGCUGGAGGCCCGCGCAACAGAAGCCAGGUCCCCCUACCCAAUGCGUGCCAAUGCAUGCGGGUCCUCUAGCCUGCUGUGCCGAAUCUUCGUACGCAGCCAUUCUGCACGUUGCUGGGUGUGGAGCGAUCACCGGCUGCUUCGCAUGUCCCUGCCAGGACGAUUCUCCGACAUGGCAGAUCCGUGCAGCACGCCGGCGCGUCCUCGAAGCUUCUUGCACGAGGGCAUCCUGGUUGUGGCAGGCACGUGGGUGCUUUCCCCGCCCGCCAACAGUCUCCCGAUACAGCAGCUCUCGCCGCAAAGUUUGGAUUGCACCGGCUUGCUCCCCAUCGCGUGCUUGUAUCAGGCAGCCCCGCCUUGGCGGUGCCUGUUCUGGCUGCCUCGGCGUUUGUUCUUUUUGUUCCCCGCCCUGAGUACGGCUCACGCUUUUCCCGCCGCAGCGCCGCCUGGUUCUCGAUGGCCUGCGACUGUGCGUUUGGCAACCUCAACGUUCAUCCCGCCUUCUCCUACUCGGCUUAUUCCAUCUCGCACUUGGCACCGUGUGCCACUCGAAAUUAUCACACAUGUGUACACGGUCCAGGGGCGUUGCGGCAUUUCACUUGGACAGUAGAGUUCAAUGUCUCGCGCCAGGGCGGGAUCUGGCAUCAGCCUGGUAAGGUCGUGCUCUCUGCCAUCGUGAAUUGUACUCAUUACGCAGGCAAGCGAAUCCACACCGCGAGGUGUGCUCUCUGGCAUCCGUGAAGCGAAGUGCAGACUCGUGCUCCUGUUCCUCCCUGCCUCUCCUCUUCUGCUUCGUCCCCUUCAUCCUUCCCCUCCUCUCCCUUCGCCUUCUGCCCUUCUUGUGAAUUCAGGCUGGCCAGGCUCCUGCACAGCUGCUUUCUACGGGGCGGGGCGGCUCGUUGGUGGAAUAACUAUUCGAUCACCCAGCGAACAGCAAAACAAGCACGCACACGAUUUCAGGGUCGAUGGCGUGCGCCCGCUCUCGGGAUGAAGGUCGGUCUACUGGGGGUCCGCACGGUCCAACGCGCCUAGCUUCUGCGCUGUCUGAGGGCGGCUGGCUGCCGAGAGCUGGGCGCCUCAAUGGUCAAGCUGCCGGGCUGGGAGUGCAACGGUAGUGCGCGGAAGGACUGCGGCCCGUCUCGGCCUGGUUCCCAACGCUUGGCGUCGAGGCGCAGCUCCUCGCCAGAGGGUUGAGCAGUUGCUGCACGGACGGGCCGCGGCCCCGAGUGGCUGGAGGGGGGUCUUUCUCACGCCUCGCGCUGUUCGUUGAGGCAUCAUUCUUGCGCCCCAGGAUGUUUUGGUGGGGGUCCUUCUCGAACCCAUGUG